AAGCAUAUCUCAUAAAUAAAGAGUACAAGCAUAACCUCAUACAUAUACAUAACAAAACAAUUCUGCUGUAAUAUAUACUAGCUAAUGAAUUAAACCCUCCAUCGCUCUAACCCUAAACUACCCGCCAAGCCCCCCCUCGCUCCCUUCUCAACCCCAAAGCCCUCUCUCUCAAACACAGUGAUAAACCAUAACUGCCCACAAAGCCCAGUCCCUUCCUCUCUCUGACAAAGCCAUGAACUGCCGACUGAAAGCCAAAUCAAAGGCCAAGUCCCUGGUGGGAUCAGUAUCCUCGAAUUGGAAGAAUUCAGCCCAAGCGGCGAAGCUCCUAGGAGUGGAUUCAAAUGGAUUUUCUGUAGACAUGGUUGCAGAGUUCAUAGCAGCAGAACUCCACUCGGAGUGCUUGCCAUUUCUGAACCCGUCACAUGAAGGCAUGUGGUGCAAGAUCAGCCUGUAUGAAGCCAUGAACCAUCGACUGACAGCAAAAUCAAAGGCCAAGCUCCGUAUGGGAUCAAGAUCCUGGCAGGUGAUGAACUCAGCUCAAGAGCCGAAGCUCCUAGAUAAGAAGAAAGAGAAAAAUGUUGUUCAAGACUCUCUGACUGAACUCAACGUCCAACUUGAGGAUACAACUUCAGAGAAGAAAACUUGUGAGCCUGAGAAAUGUGUCAACAAAGUUUGUCGUGUUUGCCUCAAGGUUAGCCACUGGACCUGUGAGUGCUCCUACCUCCGUCGUGUCCCAGCUGGCGUAUCUGAGGUUGGCAAGGGCUAUGUAAUAGUUUGUUUGCGUUGUCCUUCAGUGCGUAACAGGUGCAAGCAUAAUAUCAGCCGUGCUGUUUACGUGUAUUGUUAUAUAUGUAAAGUGUGGGGUCAGCACAUCACUGGUGAGUGUUUGAAGAUCCCAAGACGAACGAAGGAGGAUACAAAGGAAAAUGCGUUGAUCCUGUAUCUCUAGUGAUAUGAUCCUGCUGAAGCGGAGGUUUAGGAUGUACGAAUGCUGGAGCAGUUGUAUCGUCUAGGGACGUUAUUUCAUGGUAGUUGCUUAAUUUUCUCUCUAUUUUCUUUAGUUUGGGCACUCUGUAUAUGCAAUGUUUGUUUUGGAAUAAGCUAGCUCCGUCGCCAUUCAUGGCUGGCGAUAGCAGAUAGAUACUAUGUUGCUCGAUCGUACUAGUCUCGGAAGUUGCAAUAGCUAGCUGCGGCAAUUUGAUAUGUA